UGCAUUCAUUCUGCAUCCCUUAAACUACUUCCCGCGGCUAACCCCACGCCGAUGCAUUAUUAACACACACAGACACACCUGCGCCCCUCCGGUCGGCCGUUAGUGGGCCAGCCCAGACCUGGCUGUGGUGUCGUAAGCAGCGCGAGCUGCAGUAGACUAUAAAGCUACUGCUGAUCUAGCUGGGUGACUGUCGUCGUCCUCCAGAGCGCACAAAGCACGCAGUAGCCUAGUCAUAUUUCACCGGCGGAUAACGGACACGGGACAGGACACUCCUCGUCACAAUGGAGUUGUUCCCAGGGCUGGUGGUGCUGGUGGCUCUAAUGGUUUCAGUUGAAGGCGGCGUCGGCCCCAGCAACAACUCCAGUUUCUGCUCCGAGUCAAAGGAAUGUCUGGAGUAUGAGCUGGUGUGCAAAACAGAUGAAUAUGAGGUCCGUCACUACAGUCCUACUCGUUGGGUGUCUACGGAUGCGGAGGCCUACUUCAUGGGGGUGGGAGCAGCCAUGGCCUUCAGGAGACUGUUCCAGUACAUCACUGGAGACAACAACAGAGGUCUCCAGAUGGAGAUGACUGCCCCAGUCCUGGUGAGGAUCCCUGAGGAGACCAGGAUGUGGGAACCAGCCAUCUACACCCUUAGUUUCCUGCUUCCAGCAGCCUAUCAGGAGAGGCCUCCCACACCCACAAAUGACAAGCUCUACUUUACUGAGAUGCCCUCUAUGGAUGUGUACGUGCGUAGCUACGGAGGCUGGAUGUUAUCAGUGACCUCCAGGCUUCAUGCUCACCUACUGACCAAGGAGCUGGUCAGAGUCCAGGCUGACUACAACCACACCUACCACUAUGGAGUGGGUUACGACAGUCCUCUGAAGCUGCUGAACAGACACAAUGAGGUGUGGUACGUAGCUGAGGGAGAGGCCGUCUGCUCUGACCCCCAGGAACCAACCCCACCACACACACCUACCCCCACACACACACCCAACGCCACACCCAACGCCACACACACACCCAACACCUCACACACACCCAAUGCCACACACAUCCCCUCCAGCACCAUCGCUGACUCCCCCUCAGAUCUCCCAGCCAACCGGCCACCCACCCCCUCCCAGGCCCCCGAGGUGACCCCCUCUCAGGGCCCGGUGGUCGGGGAGAGCCCCUCGGCCAACAGCUCUGACCCCCAGGUGGACGGCCCCUGGAACAACACUGUCGAGGCCUCCCUGGAGGACACCCCUUCUGAUAACUCUGUAGCCGACCCCACUGACCUCAACCUGGCCUAGCCCUGGAAUAUUAUAUAUGACCCUGAACAGUAGAGGGGUACGGAGGGCUGCUGUGGUGAUUGAGCUCCUUCAGUUAGAUGUCCAUUUGGGAUUGGGCCCUUGCCUCAGUAUUUACUGUAAUACACCACCGCCCCCUACUGGUGUCAUAUUGUUACUACACAUAUUAGCUUUAUUCACCUGCCGCUCACCUGCUCUCCAUGUUACCACGCUGACCUGUUAUCCAUGUUACCACACUGAUCUGUUAUCCAUGUUACCACACUGAUCUGUUAUCCAUGUUACCACACUGACCUGUUAUCCAUGUUACCACACUGACCUGUUAUCCAUGUUACCACACUGAUCUGUUAUCCACGUUACCACACUGAUCUGUUAUCCACGUUACCACACUGAUCUGUUAUCCACGUUACCACACUGACCUGUUAUCCACGUUACCACACUGACCUGUUAUCCACGUUACCACACUGACCUGUUAUCCACGUUACCACACUGACCUGUUAUCCACGUUACCACACUGACCUGUUAUCCACGUUACCACACUGACCUGUUAUCCACAUUACCACACUGACCUGUUAUCCACGUUACCACACUGACCUGUUAUCCAUGUUACCACACUGACCUGUUAUCCAUGUAUCAUAUCAAUUAAUUAAUCAAUCGACCAAUCAACAACAGACUUGGAGCUGCUUACCAUAUCCCUCUUUCCAUAAUGAAUGUCAGCCCUACAUAACAACUGUGUUGGUUUGAGUCAGCCCUACAUAACAACUGUGUUGGUUUGAGUCAGCCCUACAUAACAACUGUGUUGGUUUGAGUCAGCCCUACAUAACAACUGUGUUGGUUUGAGUCAGCCCUACAUAACAACUGUGUUGGUUUGAGUCAGCCCUACAUAACAACUGUGUUGGUUUGAGUCAGCCCUACAUAACAACUGUGUUGGCUUGAGUCAGCCCUACAUAACAACUGUGUUGGUUUGACUCAGCCCUACAUCACAACUGUGUUGGUUUGAGUCAGCCCUACGUAACAACUCAAGAUCUAACCCUGGCCAAUGGCAGCGCUGUAGAUCUAAGCCUGACCAAUGGGAGCGCUGUAGAUCUAACCCUGGCCAAUGGCAGCGCUGUAGAUCUCACCCUGGCCAAUGGCAGUGCUGUAGAUCUAACCCUGACCAAUGGCAGCGCUGUAGAUCUAACCCUGGCCAAUGGCAGUGCUGUAGAUCUCACCCUGGCCAAUAGCAGUGCUGUAGAUCUAACCCUGACCAAUGGGAGCGCUGUAGAUCUAACCCUGGCCAAUGGCAGCGCUGUAGAUCUCACCCUGGCCAAUGGCAGCGCUGUAGCUCUAACCCUGACCAAUGGCAGCGCUGUAGAUCUAACCCUGGCCAAUGGCAGUGCUGUAGAUCUCACCCUGGCCAAUGGCAGCGCUGUAGAUCUAACCCUGGCCAAUGGCAGUGCUGUAGAUCUCACCCUGGCCAAUGGCAGUGCUGUAGAUCUCACCCUGGCCAAUGGCAGUGCUGUAGAUCUCACCCUGGCCAAUGGCAGCGCUGUAGCAGUAUGGUAAUUUUAUUCUCCUUUAUCAUUAUUCAUUGUUUACAGAGAAACAGUUUUAUUUCUGUCACACUGACUAGAAGGUUCUCCACUCAUUGUCAUCUCCGUUGUGUAUUUAUUUGUCAUUAUUUAUAAAUGUAUUUUGUGUAGUUUGCGAGCAGCCUUUACAUUCAGCUUGAUAUCAGUCGGUAGUGUAUAAUUACUCACCAUGUUGUCUGUAUGACUCUAUGGUGUGUGUGAAAAUGCUUAACUUGUAUCAUUAGUAAAAUAGUCGAAAUGUAACAAUUUAAAAGUGAUAGACUGAUGUUUCAUCUGUAAUGUACCUGAGAGGGUUUCUGUUAGUCUGGUUGUAAUACCUGUCAAGUCCUGAGGAUGGCGAAAUAAACCACUAAAACAAA